UUUUUUUUUCAGUUUUAUUUGCCGCUGCCGUCCCCAACCUUGAACGAAUUAUUCCACUUGUCGGCAUUACUUCCGGAAUGCUUCUAGCCUUUGUCUACCCAACACUUAUAGAUCUUUUAACUUUUUUGCCUCAAUUACGGGCAUCUUUUGGUUGGAAAUCCUUAAAAGUUCAGCUAUUUAUUUUAAUUAAUUUGGCCUUGGCGGCGGUUGGACUUUUUGGGAUGGUAGCUGGUCUGAGAGCUAAUAUUAUUGAAAUAUUGGCAUCUACAGCAAGUCCGUCUUUGACAGAAUCUGGAUUGAAUAACAAUACCCAAAUACAUGCUAAUAUAAGCAAUUUUACUUCAUGA